UUGCUCUUGAAAAAAAGCAUUGAAAUGGAUCGGCUUUCUUCAACAGCUAUUCUCCCGGACACAUUCCAAGGGACGAGAGAUGAUUUGUCGAUGCAAAUGGGAUUGAUUUGGAGUCAAAUCAAGGCGCCAUUGAUGGUGCCAUUGUUGAGACUAGUUGUCAUGGUUUGUUUGAUUAUGUCUUUGAUGCUUUUCGUUGAAAGGGUUUACAUGGGGAUAGUCAUUGUGCUUGUCAAACUCUUUGGUCGAAAACCAGAGAGAAGGUACAAAUGGGAACCCAUAAAAGACGAUGUUGAGUUGGGGAACUCAGCUUAUCCUAUGGUUCUGGUUCAAAUUCCUAUGUACAAUGAAAGAGAGGUUUAUCAACUUUCAAUCGGAGCUGCAUGUGGCCUCUCUUGGCCUUCUGAUCGGAUCAUUAUUCAAGUCCUUGAUGAUUCAACUGACCCAACAAUUAAGGAUUUGGUAGAGUUGGAGUGCCAAAGAUGGGCGAGCAAAGGUAUAAACAUAAAGUACGAAAUAAGAGACAACAGGAAUGGGUACAAAGCGGGGGCUCUGAAAGAAGGGAUGAAACACAGUUACGUCAAACACUGUGACUACGUUGUCAUUUUCGACGCCGAUUUUCAGCGAACAUGGGGACAGUCUGUUACAGUGAAUGCUGAUGAGUGCUUGAUGACAAGAAUGCAAGAAAUGUCAUUGGAUUACCAUUUCACUGUGGAGCAAGAAGUGGGGUCUUCCACUUAUGCUUUCUUUGGCUUCAAUGGAACUGCUGGAGUGUGGAGAAUUGCCGCUUUGAAUGAAGCUGGAGGAUGGAAAGAUCGAACUACGGUCGAGGAUAUGGAUUUGGCCGUCCGAGCUAGUCUCAAAGGCUGGAAAUUCCUCUACCUCGGAACCCUAAAGGUGAAAAAUGAAUUGCCGAGUACCUUGAAAGCUUACCGAUAUCAACAGCACCGGUGGUCUUGUGGUCCGGCUAACCUUUUCAGGAAAAUGGUCAUAGAGAUCAUAAAAAACAAGAAAGUUUCGACAUGGAAGAAAGUACAUGUAAUUUACAGCUUCUUUGUGGUUAGAAAGCUCGUUGCCCACAUUGUUACAUUCUGCUUUUACUGCGUUGUUCUACCUGCAACUGUACUUGUCCCUGAAGUAGAAGUUCCAAAGUGGGGAGCUGUUUAUAUUCCUUCUAUAAUUACCCUUCUCAAUGCUGUUGGAACUCCAAGGUCACUUCACUUACUGGUUUUCUGGAUCCUCUUCGAAAAUGUCAUGUCAUUGCAUCGAACAAAGGCUACCUUCAUUGGUCUGUUAGAGGCUGGUAGAGUAAAUGAAUGGAUUGUCACUGAGAAACUUGGAGAUGCUCUCAAGGCUAAGGCAGGUGUAAAAGCACCCCGAAAACCUCGUUUCCGAUUCGGAGAAAGGCUCCAUGUCUUAGAGCUUCUUGUCGGAGCUUAUCUAUUCUUCUGCGGCUGCUAUGAUGUUGUGUUCGGUAAAAACCAUUACUUCAUAUACCUUUAUGCACAAGCAAUCGCCUUCUUCAUUAUGGGAUUCGGAUAUGUUGGCACCAUCAUCCCCAAUUCAUAGUGCAACUGCCUAAGGUAGUCCAUAGUAGCCGUCUUCAUUGUAAUUCUUUUGCCUACUAACGCCAUCAGCAGGUCGUACUCUACUGCAGCUACUAAAGGGAUAUUCUUUGAGUGUAAGAAAUGGAGUUGAUAACUCGAAAAUAGUUGUCCUUGUGAAUAUGGAAGAAAUUAAGGGAAAAUACAGAACAGAUGUUGUAAUGGUAAUGCAUCAUACACAGUAUAUAAGUAGCUAAUGAAGGCUGUUUCCGGGUUUAUAUAGGCAAUAUUUUGGAAUAAAUUGUUUGCA